CUGGUCAGAAUGCAAUUACAUGAAAAAACUAAUACGAAUGUGUGAUUAAUAAACUAAUUAACUAUUAAUUUUUUAUUUAAAAAAAUGUGGGAUAGAGCUUAUUUUCAGGUGCUGCAAAAAAGGUGGAGAGUCAAAGUUUAAUUUUCAACCACAAAAAAAGACAAACAAUAAGAAAAAUGUCACCUCACACAAAUAAUUGACAAUCAAUAUAAAUAGCCACCAAUUCCCCACAGACAAAUCACACACAAUUCAAACAUUUUCAUUUCAUUAUUAAUCCCCUCGAGUUAAGAAAAAAGAAAAAGAAAGUGAUUGAAAAUGGCAAGUGCUACACAAAUUGCAAUCCUCUUCGCCGGAGCUCUGUGCUUGCUGUCCCUCCCCGGCGGAGCCCAGUCAAACGCCGCCGCCACUAAGUUCUCCGUCGAGGGAGAUGUCUAUUGUGAAGUCUGCCGCACCAAUUUCAUCAACAAACUCAGUCAGCCUAUGGCAGGUGCAACUGUGAGACUCCAGUGCAAAGGCGAGACAGAAGGCAACAUAACCUACAGUCUAGAGGGCAUCACGGACGACAAGGGGCAAUAUCAUCUCACGGUGGAAGGCGACCACGGUGAAGAUGAAUGCGAGAUCACACUUGUCAGGAGCAGCCGACCAGACUGCAACGUGGUCCCAGACGAGGGGUGGGCUACCAAGCCAACUUCGAGAAUCACACUCACCAAAAACAGUGGAUUCCAUGACAACACACGCAAGGCCAAUCCACUCGGCUUCACCAAGAAGAAAGCCGACCCACAAUGCGCUCAGCUCUUCAAGGAGCUCGAGAUCAACCCAGAGGAGCUCUAAAUUAUAAAAUUCCGUAAUAUUUAAUAAUUUUCGGAAUGUAUACUUAUCUAUUUUUAUUUUGUUUUUUUUUUGUUUUUUUCGGAGAUUUGAUUGGUUCUAGAGUUUGUUGCAAGGUACUAUAUAUAUAAAUGUAUAGUCCUUGCUUGUAGUUUUGGUGAUAAUAAAGGAUGUUGAAUUUUGAUGAAUAAAUAAUAGAAACUAUUUAUAUU